CGUUUAUUCGGUUACAGACAGAGUGUCAGAUAAGUUCAGUGCGUUGUUGGGAUAGUUUAUCGGAGCGGUUCUUUAAACAUUUUGCAUUUUAUAUAUUCACAAAAAAUACAUUACAAAAAAAAAAAACAAAAACAGCAAUAAAAAAAAUAUUUUAAGAAACUAUUAAUUUUUUUAAGUCUAUUUAAUGGACUGUUACGGAACAAAAUUGUUUUCACACUGCAGAAGUCUACAAAUAGCAUUUUUGCGUUGUUCCUAAUAUAUUUACUCUAAGCAUUGAGUGUCGAAUAAAAGAAGGAAGAGUGAAGAAAAUCAAUAAUUCAAACAGGACAACGGCCUCAUGGAUUACCAGUGCUUUUGUCCACGCAAAAGAGUACGUUAAUAAUAGAAACGAAAGAAAAACUAAACAAAAUCAAAAUGGAAAAUCCCAUUAAAAGUGUGUUGUGCGUGUUAAUAAAUUAAAACAAAACAAAACAAAACAAAUCAAAAAAAGUAACGUAAUUUUUUUUAAAGAUCCAACUGAAAAAAUAUAAGAAGAAUUUGAGCAAGAAUUCAAUUCGUGUGUGUGUGUGUUUGUAUUGUACAACAAAGUUUUCGUAGGGAAAACAGGUCGUCUAUAACCAGUGCGAUAAAAAAGCUUUACCAAUUAAACAGGAAACUGUAGUUUUUGUUUUUGCAAUACCGUUCCGCCCCGAAGGGUAGCAAAUACAUACUAAUUUUGUUUUUAUAAUAUAUAUUCGCGUGCCCAGUUAAGUUGAAGCAGAAAUUCGAAGAUGUCGCUGCAGACAAAGCGUCAGCACUGCUAUUUGUGUGACCUGCCACGGAUGCCAUGGGCGAUGAUAAAUGAUUUUUCCGAAGCGGUCUGUCGUGGUUGUGUUAACUAUGAAGGAGCAGAUCGUAUAGAACUUGUGCUCGAUGCCGCUAGGCAAAUGAAAAGAUUGCAUCAAGCAGCUAAACGUAGUCAUGAGAAUGGAGAAGUUGUACCACAGCAAGCUGUACAGCCACAGCCACAAGGUCAACACCGUGGUGGCGGACCAAUCAGUGUGGGAGUUGGAGUUGUUGGACCACAGCAACAUCAUCAUGCUUAUCCCACACAGCGUAUUGGACCCCCACAAACAAAUCUAAUGGAUUUCCCAGUGAAAAUGGAGGCACACGAUGCCAGUGUACGCCCAGUACGCAUACCACAUUUAUCAUCACACCAUAUGCCCAUUUCAAGUCGUGCUGCAGUCGCUGCAGCAGCUGCAGCUGCAGCCUCAACAGUUAAUACCGGUCCAGUUGGUGGACCUGUACCACCAACACUUUCAGUUAAUCUAAAACGUCCACCAUCCGAAGAUGAUGAUCACGGUGACGGCAGUGGUGGUGGCGGCGGUGGCCCAUCAGGCAUUAAACGCAACAAUAUUGAUGAUCCUACAAUUGCACGUCCACCGCUAACACGUGGUGACUCUUUGCCUGCUGCUGUCUCAUUUGUGUCAGAUCGUCAAUCAGGAUUACGCGACAAACAUCAACCCGUGCGUGCACCCUCAUUCGACGCAUCAUUCAAACCAAACGUUUUCUCAACGCCACAUCCGGCCGUUUCGCUGGGCAAUUCGACGCCUCCAGCCUUACCAACGUCACAACCACAACCUCUACCACAGUCAAUAGCACCACCACCUCUACCACAAUUAUCAACAACAGCCUGUUCAGUUACACAAUUAGCACAAAGUCCGAUGGCUAAUUUAAUGUCAAUUACAGAGACAUUGCCGCCAGGUAGUCCACGCAAUGGACCCAGCCCACCAGGACCUCCACCACCGCGUACAGCUUCUCGCGGUAGCCAACAUUCACCGAAUAGUUCGGCAGGCUCAUCAUCCGGUCGUCGUUCUUCUGGUUCUCGUCAUGUUUCUAGCACAACUGUUACCAGUUCGGAAGUGCAAUCAAAUCAGCCAAAUGCUCCACAAGUUGGCCCUGGUGGCUCAGUUAAUGUAAGCAGUGGUGGGGGUGCAGGACCAUUGCCACCCGGUGCUAACGGCGGACCAGAUGCCGGUACUGGACCCAGCGGUAGCAAUGGCACAGGACAGUCAGCUCCUGGCAUGAAUUCAACAGCAACAGCUCCAGGCGCUGCUGCACCUACUUCAGCACAAAAUGCCACAUUGAAGUGCACAUUAUGUCAGGAACGUUUAGAGGAUACACACUUUGUGCAGUGCCCCUCGGUUAAUCAUCAUAAAUUCUGCUUUCCCUGCAGUCGGGAGAGUAUUAAGAGACAAAAUGGUCUCGGUAAUGAGGUGUAUUGCCCAAGUGGUGAUCGUUGUCCCUUAGCAAAUUCCACCAUACCAUGGGCAUUUAUGCAAGGUGAAAUCACAACAAUAUUGGGUGAAGAGGUUAAGGUGAAAAAAGAACGUGAGUCUUAAUGUCCAUUUUAUUGUAAGAAGCUACGACGAGCUUUGGAGAAGUUUUAAACAGUUUCAAUACAACAACAAAGCGAUAACAAUACUACUUUAACAACGAGCAUUUUCAAUAUGAAAUGUUUGCAGUUUUAACUAACAUAUCCCAGGAGUCUGCCAACAUAUGGCAACUCGAACAUUUUAUUCAGCUAAAACUGUAAUGUUGCCAGAUUUUCAUAGAUUAUUAUAGAGAUCUACUGGUAUUUGGCAUACCAAAUAAAAAUAAACUACACACUUUUGGUGUUGGAGGAUUCACAAUUUUUUGUCCAGAAAUGACUCCAACUAAAAUAAAAUUUUUUGUAAAAUGCAGUCAAGUUAAUGUUGCAGGACUUUUUGGACACCAGUGAACUUUUUAACGGAUAAAUAUUUAUAUAUAUUGUACGCAGAACGGAUUGACUGUACUAAGGAUUUUGUAAAUAUGAAAUAUUUUAUAAUUUUUAUAAUAAAAAAAAAACUAUUUAUAAAGCAAUCAAAUAAGCUUACAUUUUAAGUCUUUAUAUAUAUAUGUGUACCUACCUAUAUAUAUAUAUUUAAAUCUAUGUGUAUACUUACAUAUUACAUGUGUAAUUUGAGGAAUAUGAGUUAGUUUUAAUUAAUAUGUGGACACAUUGUUUUAUUCGUAGGAUGUAGUUUAAAUAUCUGCUGUAAUUGUAGUUGGUUGUUCCUAUGCAACAACAGAUACACCGAUAACUUUAGAAGAGUCUAUAAACGAUCACAUAAAUAUACAAAUGUUUAUUAUUCUAUAUAUGUACAUCAGUAUACAAAAAUCAUACACAUACAUAAUACUACAUACCUAAAAACAAUAACAAACAAAUAAAUAUUUAAGAAUUAUUGCGAAAGAUAUACAUACAUAUAUGCAUACAUAUAUGAAAAAUACUAAAUUAGCUAAAGUAGAGUUUGUAGAAUCGAAAGUUCGAGAUAAAGUUUUAAUUUCAUAAGACCACCCAAUAUAUAUACUAUAAUUAUGAUUCAUUAUAACUAUAAGUCGAUGAGAUAAUACAGAUAAAUACAGAUAUAGAUAAAGAUAAAGAUAACAGAAGCAAAGCGGUUUGUUAUAAUUUACAUAUAAGGAAAAAUUAAUAUAUUAACCGUAUUGAACUAUGUAAAUGUUAUUCAAUAAAUUUAUGUAUGUAAAAUUAAUAAUUUAAGUAAACAAACAGAAAACAAACAAAACAAAAGAAAACAAAACAAAACAAAAAUAUUAAACACAAAUUAAUGGAUUAAAAUAUUUAUGUUUAAAUGAAACACUUUUUGUGAUAUAGAUACAAAA